AUGGCGUUGGCCGCAUACAGGCAUCUCCUACGAGCGAUCCGCAUUGCCUUCCAAGGCGACGACCACCUACUACAUGCUGCAAGAACUCAAGCGCGAAUCGGCUUCGAGGCCUCCAGCUCCUUAGACCCGUCUUCCGAAGAAGCUGUGAAGGGCAUCGAGCAUGCUGAGGGUGUGGCAUCAAUAUUACGACACAAUAUCGUGCAGGGAAAGCACGAGGACGGUUCCGAUGUGAUACGAUUAAACAUUCACAAGGACAUCGAGCGAGGCGACAACGACACGGUAAAGAAUCCGCUCGCUCCAGGAGGCAAGGUCAAAGUUGGAGGAUUAUAA